AUGGUAGACUCUAGUUUAAUAACUGAUGAAGAAUCAACUUAUAAUAAUUUAUCAGAUUUGAGUACAUCUGAUAAUGAAGAAACAACUACAGCAGAUUAUCAAGAAGAUUCAUAUUCAACUUCAGUUUCAGCACGUAUAAGUUCAACAUUAAGUUCUCAAUAUAUUUAUCGAUCACAUCAAACAAAUAUUCAAUCAUAUGAUGAUAUUCCAUUUGAAUCAUCUAUUGAACCUAAUCAAUCUGAUUUCGUAAAUCAUGAUAAUUUUUCAUCUGAUAUAAAUAUAGCAAAUCAACGAACAAUAAGUAGCAAUUCCGAUAUAUUUUCAACAACAAAAACAAUUCUUGCACAAGCACUUCCAGAAACACUUGCAGCACCACCAGGAUGGUAUAGUGAAUUAUUUGAUUCAUUUUUAACUAUUUCACUUGAAAUGGAAUCAAAUUUAAAUAUUAAUAAUAAUAAUAAUAAUAAUAUAAAUUUUAUUGAAGAAAAUGAAGAUUAUCAAACUUUAAAUAUGAUGGAUGCUCCUCCAAUGAUUUUUUCUUCAACUGAUGAAUAUAAUCGAAGAAUUAAUGAAAUAUCAUCAUCAACUAUAUUUCCAUCAACAGCUUUCAAUACAAAUAGUAUUAGUGAAAUGAGUAAUAUAACAUUUGAUGAUUGUAUAAGUAACGAAGAAACAAUAAAUUUAAUGAAAGAUCAAGAAAUUUCAUCAUCAAAUAUAGAAGAUAUAGAAUCAUCAACACCACCACCGAUUGUUAUUCGUAAAAAAAUGCCAAAUAAUAAUGUUACAUAUCAACAAAAUAUUACUGUACGUUAUUUACAACCACCUACACCACCACCACAUGGACCAAUUAUUAUUCGUGAAAUUUGUCCAUCUUCAUCAAUACCAGAACCACCUCUUCAAAUUCGACAACGACCACCACCUCCAGUCACACCACCACCAUUAAUAAUUAGAGAAAGACCUCCUACACCUCCACCUCGACUUUCUCCACAAGUAAUUGAAAAAUUAUUACCACCACCACCUCGUCCGCCACGUCGUAUGAUUGUCGAACGUUUUGCAUCAUGUCCACCUAAACCAGCUGAUGUUAUCAUUGAACGUUGGUUACCUUAUAAACGAAGUGAUCGACGACAAGUUCUUUAUCAACGUGCACCACAACAUAAUAUACGACCAAAAGAACCAAAUAUACUUAUUAUACAUGAACAACCACAUGCACGUAUUCAGCAAGAAUUUAUAAAUGAAGGAGUUACUCGAGUCGAUCCUCAAGUUUAUCUUCAACGUUAUGGUUCUGAACUUGAUUCAUGGCAGAAAAAUUCCCAUUUAACUAAUUUAGUUAGUCAAGCAACUCAUGUUUUACCUCCACCUAAACCAACAUUUUCAACAAUUGAUCCACACAGUCAUCUUCAAUCUCCGACUUCUUACGCACAUGGAUAUCAAUCUCCGACUUCUUACGCACAUGGAUAUCAAUCUCCGACUUCUUACGCACAUGGAUAUCAAUCUCCUCCAUCUACUGGUGCUACAAAUAUCCCGACUAAAAUGAAAUCAGCCACAUCUACACCUUAUUCAAAGUCAUAUUCUGAUGAUUAUGCACAAUUUGAUUCAUCUUAUCAUUAUUCUCCACAAUCUUUUGAUAGAGUACAAGAAGAAAACGUGAACAAAAUGGUCCAUGGAACACAUUUAUGGGAUGAUCAUUCUUAUCCACCAAGUUCUCGUUCUCAUCUUCCAUCUUAUCAAUUUCCAUCAACAUCAUCGCCUAUUCCUUCGAAAACAAUUCAAGUGAAUUCUGAGACUGAACUUCAACAUAUUCUUUCUGAUUUAACACAUGGCCAGGUGUCAUCAUCACUUGGUUCAUAUUAA